CACAAAAUAAACUUGCUUACUUUGCGAAAAGAUAGGGGAAAUUGCUUCCCGCAGUGUUAGCAUAAAUUUAUAAUAAAAAUUGAGUGCUGUUGACAUAUGCCGCGAUCAGUGUUUCGGACCGAAUCGGUAAUCGGCAAGUAAGAUUUUAUCUUAAAUUUCUAUGACUAAAAGUAUCGACUACGUAAUUGAUUUCUACACUUUUGUUUUUCUUAUAGAUAUACAAUAAUAAUGGAAGAAUUUGAUUUCGCUUCCCUGAACUCGUCGACCUAUUGUAAGCCAUUCAAAAAUGUAAAGGAUAUGGAAAUUGGUGAAAAAUACCGAAUUGUUGAUAUCGGCGUGAUUGGUACCAAGUUUGGAGAUCGAAUUGUGGUUGAAACCGAAACCUUCAAGUGCAUACUGCCCCAACGUUACCAUACAUACUUCGAAGCAGAAAAUCGACUAGAGUGCUUCAAAACAACCCUAGCAAAUAAAGUUAUAUUUAUAACUAGUAUGGGAGCUGCAGGUGUAACGACUAAUGUACAAAUUGUAGUUACAUAAAAAUUACCUACCCAUAAGGCAUGUAGUAAAGUUUAAAUAUGAAUAAAUGCGUUACAGUUUCCUGCCCUUCAUCCUUAUGAUUACCUACCUGCAAUAAGGUUGAAAUGUGAAUAAAUGCGUUACAGUUUCCUACCAUUCAUCCUUACGACUCACCCCGAGAGCGAGCAACCAUCGCCUCAUUAUAGGCCUGGGGGCCACGAAAUGUAUUUACAGGUUAGAAUGGAGCAUGACAUUGGUAAUUGAGCCCCCUUACAUGUCUCGGAGAAUUAAUAGUUGGGGCCCCAUACAUGUCACGGCACCUGUUUUUUCAUUGACUUCAACCUCUAAGUCAAAGCCAAAGUCUGCGUGGCUCAUUUGGUUACGCGCUAGCUUUCUAUUUCAGGUAUCGUGGGUUCGGGGUCUAGGACACUUCGCCGUCGCCAAUCCGUCGUCGCCAAUUCGCCUUAGCCGAUUUACCGUCGCCCAUUCGCCGUCGGGACAAUUGGUCUUAACCAAAUUCGUCGUUAGCACAAUUCGCCAUGGCCAAUUCGCCGUCGCCGAUUAGAAUAUUGUGUAUUAGCCAUUUGUGAAAUGCGUCGUAGGCCGGAUUCGCAGUACUGUAUACCUUUUAUUGUUCUAUUAUAUUUCAAGAAUGUUAAUGAGGGUGUCCUUUGGUCUAGCGCAAUUAACCAUAAACAGAUUUUGUAUGAAUGAACAACUUGUAUUAUUAUCCUAAUCUCCCUGUCAUUAGCGUAAAUCUGGUUUAUUGUUCCAUUCAACUAUUCUUAUAUCGGUAUAAAUAUACAAAAAUAUGUAGGUAAGUAAAAUUCAGUAUCUAUCUAUAGUGGCUGUAAGUAGGCAGGAAUUAAAGAAUGGACGUGGAAAUUUUAUCUGAAAAAGGGAAACAGAAAUUUACGGAAAAUGGAUUUAUUUAUGUCUUUGAUACAUUUAGUAAAAGUGACAACAGUAUAAAGUUUUGGAGAUGCGAGAAGAGAAAAGAGUGUAAAGCGCGAGUCCAUACCAGAAACGGAGAAGUUCUUAAGAAAAUUAACGACCAUUGUCAUGAUUCUUCAGCGGUUAGCGUGGAAGUGGCACAAGUCGUCACUAAAGUGAAAAAACGUGCUGUGGAGACAAUUGAAGGGACGAUUCAGGUGAUUAAUGAGUGUAUGGUUAAUACAACGCAAGCUGCUCAAGCUGUUCUUCCAAAUACUUGUAGUUUAAGGAAAUUAGUAAGACGUAAACGUAAUGAAGUUAACGCUGCACCACCAAAUCCUUUGACUCUAGCAGAUUUAUUAUUACCAGAUGAUUACAAAACGUACAAACUACGAGUCAAUGUUACGGAAAACUUUCUUUUGGCAGACAACCAAGAUGGAGCAGAAAGAAUUUUAAUUUUUGGAAGGCAGACCUGGCUUCCAUAUUUAGAAACUUCCUCAGUAUGGUACGCAGAUGGAACAUUUUCUAUAGCUCCUCCCUUAUUUUCACAAGUGUACACUUUGAUGGGAGUCAUAAAUAAUGGUGUCCAUCCAAUAUGCUAUGCGUUGUUACCCAACAAAAUGCGAGGAACUUACCAGCGGAUGUUCGAGUUAUUGAAAGAGUUGCUUCCGAAUUUAAACCCUUUAGCAAUCAAUUGCGAUUUUGAGCAUGCUGCAUUUACCGCCAUGAAAACAUCAUUCCCAAACGUAAAUAUUUACGGAUGUUUUUUUCAUAUGGCUCAAAAUAUGAAAAAAAAAAUUGGGGGAAAUGGGAGUGACACGGGAAUACAAUAAUGAUCCGCAAUUUGCACUGAAUGCCAGAAUGGUGACGUCAUUAGCCUUUGUACCCCCCGCACGUUUGGAUGAC